AAACUUGGCUGUGAUAGAGAGUGGGUGUGCAGCUGCCGUGCUCCUUGUCCGCUCCUGCAAUAUCCCAGGGAACGAAGCUGGUACCUACCCCGCCUGGGGCUCGCUGCAUGCUUCUCAGCCGGCCAGCUCGAUCUCGUGGGCAUGCGAGCCUUUUUCUGGUUGUAACCUGCUGUCGGGGGGCUCCUCAGGUAUGAGGGGGGGAACAGAAGACAUGGAUGGCUUUGAGGGAGAGGCUUCUACGGCCUCCAUGGUAUCCGGGGCCAGCAGCCCUUACCAGCCCACCACAGAGCCUGUAAUGCGGAACCCGGGCCUAAGAGGCAUCAGCUGCGACCUGGAGUACAUCCGCUCGCCAUUGGGGAUCCUAAAAUGCAUACAAGUGCUCCUGGCUCUUCUCUCCUUCAUCUGUAUCGAGACCAUCAUGGAGUGCUUCCCCUGCGAGGGGCUCUAUUUCUUCGAGUUCGUGAGCUGCAGUGCAUUCGUGGUGACCGGAGUUCUGCUCGUCAUCUUCGCCCUCCGCCUGCGCGACAAGGUGCCGCCUGUCAACUGGGACCUCGUGGAUUUGGUGAAUGCCGGGGUCAGCGCCCUGUUUUUCUUCAUCGCCUCGGUAACUUUGGCCUCCAUCAACCACAAGUCCGGCUCGGCUAUCGCUGCAGCGAUCUUUGGAUUCUUGGCCACCAUCGCCUACACGGCGCACGCCUUCUUGUCGCUGCGGAGAUGGAGGUCGGGCAGAACCCAGAACACACGGCAGAGCAACGACUACAUGCGCGCCCGCAGCCAAUCACGCGACGCGGACUGUCGCCCCGAGAUCCAGCGCCUCGACGCCUGAGCCCCCGCAGAGUGCUCCCACCGCAGACUCUCGCGCACGGUGAGUGCCGAUCGGCAGAGACUCUUUUCACCAGCAGAAACAGCCCCGGAAUGAUCUCCGCGUUCUGGCCGAUCCGCUCCCCGGC